GGAAGAGCAAGGCUGGCAGCCGUGGCGGGGAGGCUAUGCCCCGUCUCUCCUCUGCGCUCUGCUUUCUCUCUGCGACUGCCUCGCGGGCUGUGAGCGUGCCUCGCGGGCUGUGAGCGUGCCUCGCGGGCUGAGUGCGGCUGCUCUGUGUUGGCCCGGGGGCAGGGCUCCCCCUCCACGGCAGAGACGAGGACGGCCGAACCCUAGUCAGCCUUAAUGUCACACGGAGACGACGAUGGCUGGGACAGAGAAGAUGCCCCAGUGCAAGGCGAGGCGUGGCCAGAGCUGGGCAGAGCAGAGGCACUGGCACGGGGUGCCGCCCUCAAAUGGGCCUCAGGUGUCUUCUGCCACCCAGAACAUCUGGAGAAGCUGGUACACUACAGGAAACGCGAGAGCCAAAGAACAGCGUCCAUCAACUCCAGGUUAAAGUCAGUGGUCCAGUCCUAUCUGGAAGGGGUGGACUGGGGUUUGAGACAGCUGAGGGAAGCCCGUUCAGAGCUGAGAGACGUGUCUCAUGCCAUGGCCGAAGUGAGACUGGAGUCCAGAAAGAACGCUGAAGGUAUCUCCCCACUGGAGACUCUCAGAGAGACGUCCAUCACUCACUGUCAGCUCCUGGCCGCUGUUAGCAACUUGCCACGCCUCUACUCAGUGCGGAGCAUGGUCCUGGAGACAGAGCGUCUGGUGGAGUCACGGCGACUGCUGGAGGCUCACGCCAGACUGAUGGAGCUGGAACGCUGGCAGGACGAGGUGUUUCUGCAGCUCCACAGCAUGGAGGGCCCAUCCAGAAUGGCGCUGAGCCCCGAGGAUGAUGAACUGGUGCGGAACUAUUUCUCCGGAGUCGGACGCUUGGUGGAGGCCCUGGCCAGGGAGCUGUGGGCGGUGGUGGGGAGCGGACUGACUCUUGCCCUCCACAACCCCACCCCUUUCGUGUCAGCGGUUCGUAUCGUGGAGAGGGAAGAGGCACUAGAUCGGUUCUUUCUGGAGGAGCGGAACGGUGGGGUGCCAGGGAGGCCCAUCCCCCCAGGCAGACCUCGUCACUGGAGACAGUGCUUCUUUAAGGUGCUGGAGGAGGCCGUGGCAGCACGCUUCCGGAAGGUGUCGUACCGGCACAGCCGAGGCCCGGGGCUGGCGGGCCAUCUCUCCGCCCUGCAGCACUGCAUCAUGGGAGACCUGAGCACAGUGCGUAACCUGCUGGAGCAGUGUGUUCCUCCCUACUACCACCUGACCAAGGCUUACCUGCACGCCUGCCACCGCUGCCUGCAGGUUCACCUGAAACAGACCAUCAGCUGGGAGCUGCAGAGUGGCGAGAUCUUCGCUGUCCUGCACUGGGUCCUGCACGUCUACAGCAGCUCAGAGAUGAUGGGUGAGCCAAGCCUGACUGCCUAUUUGGACUGGGAUGAACUGGGGCCUCUCAUAUCCCAGGACGAGGUGGAUCAGCUACAGAACAAAUACGUUCAGAGUGUUCGGAAGAGUGUGUCAGAAUGGAUGCAGAAGACCCUAGAGGUUGAGCUGAUGGACUGGCAAAGGCACCAGGAGCCAGACAUAGACCACGAGGGCUGCUACCACACCAGUCUACCCACCAUUGUCACUCAGAUGUUAGAGGAGAAUGCACGUGUAGCUUUGAUGAUCAACGAAACCUUGCGGGACCAGACGUUCCAGAUGGGCCUGUAUGAGAUGGAGAAGCUCCUGGCCAGAUUCCGAGAUGCUAUUGUAGAAUUCGGCAAGGAGCAUCGCAAGGCCCCGGCGGACAAUGGCGCGUUCUAUCUUCAUUACCUUCUGGCCUGCAUAAGCAACUGCGUCAUUCUCAAGAGUUCCACGGAGAACCUGUAUCAGCAGGUGAGUUCUGCGUCAUCCCGGGCCUCGGUACGCCUCUCGCGGAUUCCACCUGGGCCGCUGGCUGCUCUGGACCGGGCUGUGCGGAAGGCCUGCCGUCUGGCCAUGGACCAGCUGCUGCUGGAACUCCAGCCGCACCUGCAGGAGCUGCUGACGCGCGCCUGGCUGGCCCAGGGAGACAUUAUCUCCAAGGUGUGCAGCAUCCUGGAGGAGCACCGUGAACUCUACAGCCGUGUACGCCCACCCUGCCGCCAGCGUCUACAGGAGGAGGCCCUGUGGUUGACGGUGGUAGAGUAUGUGCGUGCGCUCAUGCAGAAGCGGCUGAUCUGUCGCAGUGAGGAGGAGCGGGAGCAUGCCGCCCUGCAGAUGACCCAGGAUGCACAGCAGCUAGGAGAGCACCUCCGCAACACGGAGGUUGAUGGGACCGCUGUUGAGGUGAACCCCACAUCUCUGAUACCUGUACUGGCAGAAUUCAUUAAACUGAAAGACCCAGGCCUGCUGAUCCUUGAGGUGUCUGGACUGAUAUCCAAGUACCCUGAUAUCAGUGAGGAGCACGUGUCUGCGCUUCUGGACAUAAGAGGAGAUGUCCCCCGGGACGUGAGGGCCUCAGUACUGUGCCUGGUGGAACAGAACUCCCCGGUCCUACCCCCAGGGUACCGCCCCAUCUUCCCAGACAUCCUUGUGCCCCCUCCCAGCACUGCCUUCUGCCUGCCCACAACCAAGUGCGCGUGACGCACGCGGCGGUCUCGCUUGUGGCACCCCCUGGCCUCGCUGUUCUGCUCAGCCUGGUAACUGGGAUUCGCCGCCCACGCUACCCGGCGCGCCGGCUGAACUUAGCCACUUCCUUUGUCUUCUCACCUCGGCUUGGCUGAUUUGCAGAGCAGUGAAACACCGUAAGGUAAGACCGUGCCACGGGUCCGGGCGGCGUAUCCCACCAUCGCACAUAGCACCAGGCCUGUAGGCGUAGUGUGGGGAGCAUCCAGGUGAACUCCUGUGAACCAAAAAAAGGAGUUUGUACUGAUUGCUGUUUGCUAUUUGUAGGGUGCAGAGAUGUUGAAAGUGUGAUACACUAUGCUCUGAUGAAACCUUGCUGUGUUGUGGUUUACAAAUUUGUGUAUAUCGUGGCUCCUUAUGUACAAUAAAGUCUUUCUACAAAUGAAA